UUACUUAAUCCGAUCGAGUAGUAUUGUUUCUCACGUUUCGGAACCGAGAUGCUCGCAGUACUUUCAGUCAAUCCUCUAUAACCAACCCAAUGAUAGGAACCACUUUUCAAGCUAAUGACAAGCUGUCAUUAGCUCAUAGCGCAACGCAUAGGCUGCUUUUAUUUUGAAAAGCGGAAAACUGUGUUUGCGACAAGGAAGGUGACGGCUCAGCGAUAAAAAAAUGAGAUCAGCUGAUGAGAAUUGAGUCAGAGGUGAGAGAAGCGAACUUCUUUUGACUUAUUUUUAGUUUCUCGUCGUGCGGUAGCAGGACGUUUGGAAAAAACUUGGUAGUGGAUUUGGUGACUUUAUCGCUCACAGUUUGAUGGCGUCCUCUGGGCCUGAGGUCCACAAGGAAGACUGACAUCAAAGAUGUCCUUGUCCGUCCAUGGUGCCAUGGUGCCGCUCCAGACCGAUGCGGCUCAAAUUCCCGCCCUGGAGUCCAAAGUGGCAGCGCUGGUGGUCCUGCUGUCGGUCACACUGCUCUUUGGCCUUGCCCCCCUUUUUCUCGUGCAUGGGGCAGGGCCCUGCAGCAUCAGCCCAGAGUCUCGCCGGCGCCUGCUGACCUUGAUCAACUGUUUUGCGGGCGGAGUCUUUUUGGCCACGUGCCUGCUGGACCUCCUGCCAGACUAUCUUCAGGGGAUCUCUGCUGCAUUCUCCAAUGCAGGAAUUACGCUGCAGUUUCCUCUUCCUGAGUUCAUCGUGGCCAUGGGCUUCUUCCUGGUUCUGGUUCUGGAGCAGGUGAUUCUGGCCUUCAGGGACCAAUCAUGGGCCCUCACUGAGGAGAGGCAGGGUCUGCUGGAGAACUCCAGCGUGCAAGCAGUUGACGGCGGGGAGGGGCUACCCCACCAGCGGUGCCACGCGAAAGAGGAGUCCAAAUCCGCAUCGUCGGCCUUACGCGCCUUCGUGCUGGUCUUCUCCCUGUCGCUGCACUCGCUCUUUGAGGGUCUUGCGGUGGGCCUGCUUGGGCGGAGCCAGGAGGUUCUGGAGGUGUGUCUGGCUCUGACCAUCCACAAGAGCGUCAUCUCGCUCAGCCUCGCCUUCACCCUGGCUCACGGCCGCCUGCGCCGCCCAUUGGUCAUCGCCUGUCUGCUGCUCUUCGCCGCAAUGGCACCGCUGGGCGUUGGUAUAGGCGUUGGCCUUUCGGAGAGCGAAACAUCGACACAGGGGAAGCUGGCUUGCUAUACGCUGGAGGGUGUGGCGACGGGUACCUUCUUCUACAUCACUUUCAUGGAGAUCCUGCCGCACGAGCUUGGCCAUGGCCGUGGCCGCGUGGCCAAGGUGGCCGUAACGCUGCUGGGCUUCGCUGCAGUCACCGCUGUGCUCUUCAUCAAGAUGUAACCAUUGGGAUGUGGACUGGAACGUCACUGCAAAAGAUGGUUGCAGUGGAAACCUGCCACAGCCAUGAUAUCGUGUGUCUGGAGGGAUAGUCAGUUUUGUCAUGUGACGACACCAAAAACAACAUCCAAAUUAAAAAAAACUUUAAUCUGAAGAGAAAUGCAACCACAACAUAACCUGAAACCUAAUUUGUCUUGUAAUUAAAAAUAUUUAAUUCUUUCUUUUCUUUCAAGGAAGCGCAGUAACGCAGUCUUCUCGAUAGAUGGCGCACUGCCACUUUCUCCUUACCUAAUAGUUUGUCAAGACAGAUGACUCACGUCGACGGAAAAAUGUCACUGCGUGUUUUUGCCGUAGAAAGCAAACAUGACA